GCCAACAGUCUGAAAAGAGUACCAAACAUGUUAUUAAUUUUAGAAUAUAUUCAUAAUAGGAUCCGAUCACGUAAGUCUGUCCAGCUAAACUAGUCCAACCGGGCAGGUCUCAAAUGGAGGAUAACAAGGAGCUGCAAUGCCUGAUAUGCAAAUAUUCGGACAGUGACGACCUGGUUUUUGGCGAAUGGAUGAGUGUACGAAAUUUGCAAGUACACUAUUUUUGCCUCCUACUCUCAACUCAUUUGCCGCAGCGCGGCGGCGAUUCCAGCGGAAUCCUAGGUUUUCUGCUUCGCGACAUCCGCGAGGAGGCAGUUGCCGCUGAAAAGAGGAAAUGUUGGUACUGCAAAAAGAUAGGGGCCAGUUUGCGAUGCGAUCAGUGCCGGACAUUGUUUCAUUUGAAGUGCGGCCUGGAAAAUCGCGCCGUCUUCCAGUUUUGCGGCCAAUACAAAAGCUACUGCUACAGAUGCAGACCAAUGGAUAACAACAAGCAACAGGUAGAGACCAAUCCGCCGAGGAACUACACAUGUCCCAUUUGCUUCAGUUCUAUAUUUAAAGUCGAGCUGCAUUGCGUUGUGUACGGUGACUGCUGCCGCCUUGGAUUCGCCCAUAAGAAAUGCAUGCGUCAAUAUGCCCUGACCUCCGGAUAUUACUUGCGCUGCAUUUGGUGUCGAUCGGAAAGUUUCCGGGAUUCAAUACGCCUGCAGUCAGUUUUCGUGCCCGAUCGCGAUGCCACUUGGGAGAAACAACGAAACGCCUAUAGGGAGCUGCACGAGCGCAAUCUGAAAUGCGACCAGCCCGACUGCCUAUGCCCCAAUGGUAGAACUUAUAAUAGAUUAUCGUGGGUGAUUAAACCCUGUACUUCUUGUGCCGCCACUUCUGCUCAUCUGAAAUGCUUGGUGGGCACCCUGAGACUACCCAAGAAACACGAGCGCACAGAUUUUAAGUGCGAUAUGUGCCUGGAUGUGGAGAAGAGGAUCGCUGAAGGGCCGGCUCGCAAUGCAGGAGAAAUCGAAGCUGACACCGACGGCCAGGUGAAUAGCUCUUUUUACGUACGAAAAACUGGCCCCGAUGCUGCACCUCGCUCCCUAACCCAGACUCCUAUUUUCUCCGAAGAGGACGAAAGCGAAAGAAGUAGUAAUAUCACGGUGAUAUUCAGCCAACCGAAACCUAACGCAACAAGCGAGAGAUUAUCUUUAUCGCCGCUACCGGAGGACAUGAUAGUGGAAAUUCCUGAUUCGCCACAGGCGUCGCCACAGCCAUCAAUCGAGGAGCCACACUCGCCGCCACCGAAAGCAUCAAACGAGAGCCCGGGCUCACCGCAGCCAACAGCAAUAAAUGAAAUCCCCUACUCGCCGCAACCGACGGGUUCAAACGAGAACGCUGACUCACAGCAGGCAAUAGCAAUAAACGAGAUCCCUCAGUCACCGCAGCCGGUAUCCAGAACACCUGAAUGUACACAGGUAGCAUCACCGAUUUUCGACUCUCCACAGCUGCAGGAACAAGCUUUAACUGAAGCAUUCAAGUCACCGUCAGUGCCGAAAGAGGAUCCGAAUACUUUACUUGUGCUGAAAUCGGGCUUUCGCUGCCCCGCCGAACCAUUUUUCUACUUGGUUAUCUACGAAUUUGAGCACGGCACAUGCAUGGGUGAGUGCACUGGUACGUGUGUACUGCGAUUUAAAGACGAUGACCCCCGCAUUCAGGACAUCUCUCAGGCGGCUUUGGAACGCCUCAAGAUUACACCAGACGAUGUGUGGUGCCGUAGUGAGGAGCGCGGCGUUUUUGAGGACAUCAAGAAGUUCCACGAAUGGUACAGGACAGAGGGGUUCAGAGGGAACAAUUGAAAACUUUGUGCUAGAAUUAAUUCGUCACAUGGUCAUUCUAGUCGAUUUAUGCACAUAUUAUUUCGCGUAUUUAUAAUCAUAAAUUACAAUGCAUUUACUACCUCUGAAAUACCAAUAUAAUGUUUCAAUGAUUAUUAAA